AUGCUCUCCUACCUCGUCGCCCUCACUGGUGCAGCACUCGUCGCUGCUGCGCCUGCUCCCGCAACUCCUGUCCAGCCCCGAGCGUUGACAAUCCCAAGUUUAGUCAGUGCCACAAAAGUAGCAAUCACCAUCGAGCCCAACUAUCAACGUGACUCUUGCGUUACUGCUGAUCACUUGGUUGGAGGUCGCGCUCUUUGGCUGUGCCGAGAUACCGAGCUGCUCCAGGAUCAGAAUAUCUUACAAGUCGACGGUUUCAUCUCGUCCACUGCCUCCUGGUCCAACCAGAAUGCAAGCAACUUGCCCGACUUGGUUCCCAUUCCUCCACCCUCCGAGCAGGGUCAAUUGAACGUGACAGACCCUUAUACGCUCCAGUUGACUCAAUAUGGUGGAGAUCCACCAAGUGGAGCCUACUUCCCAGAAACGCCAUCGGAAUGUGGGGCAUCAGGAGGCUCAUGCAGCAACGGCACCCGUUUCGCCAUCUGGCCUGAUGCGCCUGCCUAUGUCACGGAUGUCGCCAGUGAUGGCACGACAACCAUGUACAUGUACAUGACUCUGACCAGACAGCUCAAGAAUAUUGACACUGAACCGCCUACCAGCUUGUACAAGCUGGUGUACACUACCGGAGGAGAUGCCGACGCCUUGCCUGAACAAACCUUGAUCGGCCAAGACUUCUUCCCCGAGGGAACUUACAACUACGGUGCAUACGGUGGUUUUAUUGGUCAGCUAGACGGAUUGUUGUAUCUCUAUGGAAUGGCCAACGACGGUACAGUCGGAUUGGCCAGAGUUGCGUUGGCCGAUAUCGAGGACUCAUCAAAGUAUCAAUUCUACGUUGGCGGCUUAUGGGUCUCGACGAUCCCCGCUAUCGACGACACGGCCGCCGAAGUCUAUGUGGGAGGCGCUGGUGGUCAAGGAACAUUCUUUUACUCUGAACUGUACGCCCAGUAUGUCUUGCUGGCUCAGGUCAAUGGAUUCGGAAUGGUCAUUAGCGCCUCGACUUCCUUAUUACCCGAGGGACCUUGGACCGCGGCCGAGACUUUGACUUAUCUGGACCCCGGCAACGAUAUCACCUACAGCUUUGCGGCGCACCCAGAAAUGAACACGAACCCAAACCAAAUCUAUGCUUCGUACACUCAGAUCAACUACGUUCAUCCGGAUGCGAACCGCAGCACAGCUCUCGGCAAGGAGGAAUUCUACGCUCAGCCUCUUUACUUAUUGGAAUUCGGGUUGUGA